AUGUGCUAUGGAGCAGGACUUCCAGGAGGAAGCGACACUCUCGUGGCUUACUCUUCAGCAACUCUACCCGCUGCUUUUCAAGACAUUCUUCCACAGCAGCCGGCCCUGGUAGAGGCGCUCCCUCAGUGGUUCAUGGCGUGCACAGCGUUGGCCAACAAAUACGACCUCCUCCUCUUCCCCAUGCCUCUCGAAACGUGGGAGGACCGACAGCUUUGUGGCGUCGCGUCUUCACGAGCGGAUGUCGGGCUGCGUUGCAUCACGCCUAGCUAUGUCGAUCCGCCACCGACCAUGGCAGAAGUGACGGAGAUGCUCGAUCUUCUCCUACUCGAAUUGCGCACUUUUCCUGGUACAGCUUCAGCUUUGAUAACCCCCACCAACUCAGCUUUGGAUUUUCAGAGACAGAACGGAGAGGCUCCUUUGUCGGAUGAAAAACCCCACUUACCCCUGGUUCUGAAUGAGAGCUGUUCGAUUGAUGGCAAUGGCGGCAUUGAGACAUCCUCUUCUCGUCCCGCUCUCCCCGCUUCGCCGCACGACCUAAGCAUCGACAUUGCCAUCGACAAUAGCGACGCAUCGUCCGAACCCGAACCCGAACCAGACUUUUCGUUCGACUUUGCCGUCGACGACUGCUCUGAUUCAUCGCAAAUCUACAGCAACCUCUACAGACACAAAGACGAUCCUUACCGCUUCGACCCAUUCCUCUUCUCGCCCUGCCACUGCCACGCGACUCCACGCGCGCAGCAACUCACCUUGUCGCCCUUGACCAGCCAUACAAGCGUCAACGACACUUCUGACGAAACUCGGGUCAAGGACGAACACGCUUCGUGGGAGGAAUGCAUGUCAGAUGUGAUCGACGAUGCUUCGAUUGACGCGAUGACGAGCGAUUGGUUACGCCUAAACCCGGUGGAUCUGCUUGGCUGA